UCCAGCUGCUAUUGACCCCGAUGGCGAUCAAGGACAAACCGAUCACCGCAAAGAACCCGCAGGCCAACGCGAUCUGCGAGCGCGUGCACUUGGAAAUUAUGAACAUCCUUCGCGUACGCCCGGACCUGCAUGAUCAGCUGGAAGUCGCCCUCAACUAUUCUGCCUACGCCAUAUGGGCCAGCUAUCACUCCGUACUUCGAGCUUCCCCCGCUCCAUUGAUGUUUGGCGAGGACAUGAUCACGCGCGAGUUGCAUUUCGCCAACUGGAACUUCCACUCAAAGCAGCGAUUCAUGGCCAUCAUGCAGGACAACGAUCGUGAAACUAUGCGGCGACUGCAGCACUUCUAUCGUGUAGGUGACAACGUCAUGCUCCGUGCCCCUGCUCGUGAAAGGAAGAAAACCGACCCAGUCGCCAAGGGCCCGUUCGUCGUGAAGGCUGUCUACGACAACGGCAUUGUGCUCCUCGACACUGGAUCAAGCGAGUACCGAGUCAACAUCAGGCGAAUCUUCCCGUGUUGAUUUAACAGCACUGACAUCCUGGUAUGAGGGAUAAUGACAACUCCUUCUGCACCCUGUCGACACUAGCGCCUGUCCUCCCUGGCGUAAGGGUUGACUUCAUCUGGGUUUCGUUCUGGGUUCGUUUGAACCCUUGCUUUGGGUACACACGGUGCCUUCAAGGCGCUACAUGAGUAGUCUAGCUGCUAGGAGAUGCCAGGAGUAACUUCAUUCAAUCAAUCAGUUCUCAAUUCGACUCACAGGACUCAAGCGGCUUGGCAGGGCGACAACUUGUAGACGCGUAAACAGCUUGGCCUUGUCGCUCAUUUUAGGAGGAGGGGGGCUCGAACGUUGUCGACAAAAUGCGAAGAGAGAGUUUGUGGUUGAUACCGACUCGGUAUCAACCACAAUGAAAAAAUCGUAAUCUCACUGACAGAGACGGCACUGCUUAGAUCACCAUUCAUAUGCUGUCGAUCGCCAGCAAUGUUGUCUGAUCGAAGUCAAUCCCAAGAUAUGUUGCUCACGGGAGGUGAUAUCGUUCCCCGCUAACUGGCAGUUAUUAAUAGUAACUGCAGCGAGGCUAUUUACAAAUUCCUAUAUUAGCCGUACAGAUGCUAAAACCAAAAACGGGCUGCUGGUACAGAAGUAUGCUUUUGGGAUCGAUUUGCAUAUUUUGACAAGCGUUGGUACUUGUUAGCAUAGUUCGUAUGGGCUUCCUGUUUGGAGCCCCAGACAAGAACUGCUUCGCGAGCGUACUGCGCUGUCGAUAGCUCCACCAGCUCUGAAGGCAAGUCGACCACAACAGUGCAAUACUUGUACUCACUGUCAUAAGCUGCAUACUAAGACGUAAGCACGAUUUUACAUCCGCUUAGGUUGUCAUCGAUCCUCUUUGGAAGAUCAUCGAUCCGCUUCGGUAGUGUCAUCGAUCAGUUUGGUUAGAUCAUCAAUCACUUGUGUCGAGCAUUCGUAAGACAGUUUGACGACAACUCAAAUCUAGUGAUUUGAUUCGCGAAUAGUACGACUUGCCAAUUCUGUUGGCACUGCCAGGCGCAGAGUGCUCGCAGGUUCUGCUAGGAAGGCCCGCGUUCCUCUUCGCUACUCUUUUUGAUGCAUUUCGUUGCACUUCGUAUCCUGACUAAUAUCGGGCGCAGCAUAGUAGUGGUAGUAACGAUUGGCGGUUCGAUAGAACUGUGCGGAGGAGCGCUGCGACACCAACAAACUCCCUCUACAUAUUUAAAAGACCACGGCGAGCUUAGAUCGUUUAGAUUUCCUAGUACUACAGUAGCAGGCCGAGAAAACUGGUAAGCGCCUUCAGCCGGGCUGAUCAAUUACUUUAGCUUUGGCAUUUUUCAUGUAUUCCCGAGAAGUUUCGCCGCUCAUUUGACUCUUAGAGGCCCUCACGUCGUUUUGUAGUUAUUUGUUUGCGACACCACCAACAGCUUACCUACACGUGGCCGCGGGUGAGGUCGGUGGUGUCCACUACCGACGUAGGUGGAGCUGCAGCAGUGUGCGCCUCCGUGAGUAAGGUAGCCAAGCAAACCGCAACAAAUACAAAUACAAAUACAAAUACCAAGACUGGCUGACGCUGCCUUGUUGCUACUACAAAACAGUUCAUUUCAUGACUUUGGUAAGAUCCCAUAAUGUAUUGAUUGUCUACUCCCUCGCGUCCUCCGACAACGCCUCGGUGCGGAGCAUGUGUGCGCGCUCGUCGUGCACUGCUUCGCUCGGAGGCGUCCUCAGAGGACACGACAGGGUUCGUGGGCCGCACUACCGGAGGAAGAGGGGCUCUAUUUGGUUAUGCAUUAACUAGAAUUCACUAUAAAGCCCUGAACGUUUUGUUUGUCAAGCUGGGCUAAUGGUUCGGGUGCAUUUAUUUCUUAACCAUUCUCAAACAAGCGUGUACAUUGUAGUUGGCAGUAGGGCCGCACUACCGACUACAUGUUCGUGCUUGUGAGCGCCUUAUUUCGUCGGCUCGACUGUAGGUGGCACGAGCAAUUCAAAAACGGCAAAGCGGUUGUC